AUGGCAGCAGCGAGUGUCUCCUGGGCCGAGGCACAGUUCAAAUGUAUGGUGUGUCUGGACCUCCUGAAGAGUCCAGUAACGAUUCCCUGUGGACACAGUUACUGCAUGAGCUGCAUCACAGACUGCUGGAAUCAGGAGGAGCAGAAGCGAAUCUACAGCUGUCCUUUAUGCAAACAGAGCUUCACUCCGAGACCUGCUUUGGCUAAGAAUGUGGUGUUUGCUGAAAUGCUGGAGAAACUGCAGAAGAGCAGACUCCAGACGGCUGCUCCUGCUUCUGUUCACACUGGAUCUGGAGAUGUGGAGUGCGACGCCUGCACUGGAAAUAAGCAGAAAGCUGUGAAGUCCUGUCAGGAGUGUAGAAACUCUUAUUGUCCAGAUCACCUCCAACAGCACGAGAGUCUCUUCAGAGGUCGAGGACACAAUCUGAUGGAGGCCACUGGACGACUGCAGGAGAUGAUCUGCCCUCAGCAUAAUAAAGUGAUGGAGAUUUACUGCCGCACCGACCAGCGCUGCAUCUGUGUGCUGUGUUUGAUGGAUGAACACAAACAUCACGACACUGUGACAAACGCAGCGGAAAUGAAAGAGAAACAGGAACAUUUGGAGGAGAACCAGAGAAACUUACUAAUAAUAAUCCAGAAGAGAGAGGAAGAUCUUCUUAAACUGAGAGACGCUUUUGGGAUUCAUAAGCGCUCAGCACAGUCGGCAGUGGAGGACAGUGAGAGGAUCUUCACUGAACUCAUCCAGGAUAUUGAGAAACGUCGCUCUGAGGUGAAUCAGCUGAUCAGAGAUCAGGAAAGAGCUGCUGUGAGUCGAGCUGAAGAACAACUGGAGCGACUGAAGCUGGAGAUCAAUGAUCUGAAGAGGAGAAACACUGAGCUGAAGCAGCUUUCAGAAACACAGGAUCAUCUUCACUUCCUCCAGAGUUUCCCGUCUGUUUCUCUCUCUGGAUCUUCAGAUUCAGGCUUCACUGUCAGUUCUCAUCUGUGUUUUGAUGAUGUGGUGAAAUCAGUCUCUCAGUUCAGACACAAACUGCUGCAGUUCUCCUCAAAUCAGAUGAAAGUGAUAUCUGGAAGAGUGCAAACCAUCCAGAUCAUCCAGACUACUGAAUAUCAGAACACAGAGGAGACUCAGCUAGAUGCACAUCCAGGACAGUUUGCAGCUGAGGUACUGAAGGACCCCAAACCCUCAACCCCUGGAAGUAUAUUUAGGCUGAGGGAGGCCAACCCAACACCCUUAACCCCUAAAAGUAUAUUUGAGCUGAGGCAGGCCAACCCAACACCCUCAACCCCUAAAAGUAUAUUUGGGCUGAAGCAGGCCAACUCAACACCCUCAACCCCUAAAAGUAUAUUUGGGCUGAGGCAGGCCAACCCAACACCCUCAACCCCUGGAAGUAUAUUUGGGCUGAGGCAGGCCAACCCAACACAGUUAACCCCUGAAAGUAUAUUUGGGCUGAAGGAGGCCAACCCAACACCCUCAACCCCUGGAAGUAUAUUUGGGCUGAGGCAGGCCAACCCAACAAUCUCAACCCCUGAAAGUAUAUUUGGGCUGAAGCAGACCAACUCAACACCCUCAACCCCUAAAAGUAUAUUUGGGCCGAGACAGGCCAACCCAACACCCUCAACCCCUGAAAGUAUAUUUGGGCUCAGAGAGGCUAACCCAACACAAUCAACCCCUGAAAGUAUAUUUGGGCUGAGGGAGGAGAACCCAACACCCUCAACCCCUAAAUGUAUUUUUGGGCUGAGGGAGGAGAACCCAACACCCUCAACCCCUAAAUGUAUUUUUGGGCUGAGGGAGGAGAACCCUACACUCUCAACACCUAAAAGUUUAUUUGGGCUGUGGCAGGCCAACCCAUCAACCUCAACCCCUGAAAGUAUAUUUGGGCUGAGGCAGGCCAACCCAACACCCUCAAUCCCUGGAAGUAUAUUUGGGCUGAGGCAGGCCAAUCCAACAACCUCAACCCCUGAAAGUAUAUUUGGGCUGAGGCAGGCCGACCCAACACCCUCAACCGCUGAAAGUAUAUUUGGGCUCAGGGAGGCCAACCCAACACAAUCAACCCCUGAAAUUAUAUUUGGGCUGAGGGAGGCCAACCCAAAACCCUCAACCCCUGAAAGUGUAUUUGGGCUGAGGGAGACCAAGCCAACACCCUCAACCCCUGAAAGUGUAUUUGGGCUGAGGGAGAACAAGCCAACACCCUCAACCCCUGAAAGUGUAUUUGGGCUGAGGGAGAACAAGCCAACACCCUCAACCCCUGAAACUGUUGGAUUGGACUGCCUCAGUCCAAAUACACCCUCAACUGCUGAAAGUGUAUUUGGGGUGGCGCAGUCAAACCCAACACCCUCAACCCCUGAAAGUGUAGUUGGGGUGAGGCAGUCCAACCCCAGCACCCUAACCCCUUGAAAGUGUAUUUGGGUUGAGACAGUCCAAUCCAACACCCUCGACUGCUAAAAGUGUAUUUGGGAUGAGGCAGUCCAACAUAAUGCCUUCAACCACUGAAAGUGCCUAUGAGGCUGGGGCAGACCAACCCAACACCCUCAUUCCCUAAAAUGUAUUUCAGAUUGUGCAGGUCAACACAACACCCUCAACUGCUGAAAGUUUAUUUGGGGUGAGGCAGGCCAACCCAACACCCUAAAACCUUGAAAGUAUAUAUGGGGUGAGGUAGGCCAACCCCACACACUCAAUUGUUCAAAGUGUAUUUGGGCCGCCCCAGUAGACAUAUUUGGCCUGGGGGAAUCCAACUUGACACCUACGACAUAUUUGGGCUUGUAAGAAUUUUUUUUUUCCCGAACUCAGAUAUUCACAAAACAGAUGCCAUGUGAUUUAAAACUAAAACUUUCCAACCUGAGAAGAUGAUCUGCAAGGAGACCAAUGGUUCAGUCGUCUUUGUCACCAGCCCAAGGCCCGCUCUCCCACACAGAAUAAAUGAUUAUUGCAUCA